CUCACUCUCGGAUCAGACAGCCGAAGAUGGCCGAGUCUGAGCUGAAAGAAGCGCUCAAGCUUCUCCUUUUACUCAUAACUUUGCUUUCACUGUUUUUCAUAGAUUCUGCAUAUUCUGAGAUAUUCUUCGAGGAACGAUUCGAAGAUGGGUGGAAGAGCCGUUGGGUUCUAUCGGAUUGGAAAAGGAGCGAAGGAAAAGCGGGUACAUUUAAGCACACGGCAGGGAAGUGGUCUGCAGAUCCUGAUGAUAAAGGUAUUCAGACACAUAAUGAUGCCAAACAUUAUGCCAUAUCUGCAAAGAUACCAGAGUUCAGCAACAAGAACAGAACUUUAGUGGUCCAGUAUUCUAUAAAGUUUGAACAGGACAUUGAAUGUGGUGGUGGUUACAUGAAACUUCUUUCUGGUUAUGUAAAUCAGAAAAAGUUUGGUGGUGAUACUCCUUACAGUUUGAUGUUUGGACCAGAUAUAUGUGGCACACAGACAAAAAAGCUCCAAGUGAUCCUUUCCUAUCAGGGGCAGACUUAUCCCAUUAAAAAGGAUCUACAAUGUGAAACAGACAAGCUCACUCACUUCUACACAUUUAUUCUAAGACCUGAUGCAUCUUAUAGCGUUCUGGUUGAUAAUCGAGAAAGAGAAACUGGAAGUAUGUACACAGACUGGGAUAUCCUUCCUCCCCCAAAAAUUAAAGACGUCCAUGCAAGAAAGCCGGCAGACUGGGAAGAUAGAGAGUAUAUUGAUGAUCCUAAUGCUGUCAAACCAGAAGGAUAUGAUUCAAUUCCAGCUGAAAUCCCCAAUCCGAAGGCUAAGAAGCCUGCGGAUUGGGAUGAAGAAGAUGAUGGGAUAUGGAGACCACCAAAGAUCCCAAACCCAGCAUACAAAGGACCUUGGAAGCGGAAGAAGAUUAAGAACCCAAAGUAUAAGGGGAAAUGGAAGAUUCCAUGGAUUGAUAACCCAGAAUUUGAAGAUGACCCUGACCUUUACGUGCUGAAGCCAAUAAAAUAUAUAGGAAUUGAAGUUUGGCAGGUAAAGGCUGGGUCAGUGUAUGACAACAUUUUGAUUUGUGAUGACCCACAAUAUGCAAAACAAGUUGUGGAAGACAUAUGGGCCAAGAACAGGGAGAUUGAAAAAGAGGCCUUUGAGGAGGCAGAGAAAGUUAGAAGAGCGCAGGAAGAGGAGGAUGCUAAAAAAGGGGGAGACAAGAAGAAAAAACGGCGCCGAAGGUAUGACCCCGACGACUACUUGGAUGAUUACCAUGAUGAACUAUGAGAGGCAAUCGACGGCUAGUGAAGUUUUGAAUCACAUCCAGAAGAGAAUAUUAGCGUUCAACAUUGCUGAAGCAGUAUUUUUUCAUCAUUUUGUAUAAUAAUUGUUGUAACAUUAGAGGUUACAUACAAGAACUAGUUCGGGCCAAACUAUGGUUUAAUGGGGUGGGGAUUUGAAUAUAUAAUUUCCCAUUUGCCAGACAAUAAUAUAUGCUACGUUGGAUAGAGUCCUGAUAUGAUGUAAAGUAACAAUUCCUAUCUCUUUUGACUUUAAGCAGCCAUUUCUGUUCCUAAUUA